AUGGAUCACUCAAGGGACCCUUGCCCGUGGGUCGCCCUCAGCGACUUCGGCGGUGCUUUCUGCAUGGGCGCGAUCGGUGGUGCAGUCUGGCACGGUGUGAAGGGCUUCCGGAACAGCCCAUACGGUGAGCGCCGGAUAGGUGCCCUCACAGCCAUCAAGGCUCGCGCUCCUGUGCUCGGUGGAAACUUCGGCGUGUGGGGAGGACUUUUCUCGGUGUUCGACUGCACCGUGAAGGGAAUCCGCAAGAAGGAAGAUCCUUACAAUGCUAUCAUCGCUGGUUUCUUCACCGGUGGUGCUCUGGCUGUUCGUGGUGGUGUCAAGGCUGCUCGGAACUCUGCAAUCAUGUGCGGUGUCUUCCUGGCAGUCAUUGAGGGUGUUGGAAUCGGUUUCCAGCGGAUGAUGGCAGACAACACAAAACUCGAGCUGCCCCCGGCGCCUUCGACCGAACAGAAGGCCCUUGCUUAA